AUGCAGCAGGAACCGGAAGGCAAACGCCAGGGCACAAUCUUCGUUCUUGUCUCCAAAAUCAAUCCUUCUUCACAGCCAGUGCUCUUCUUCCCCUAUCCAGCCUUUGUUAAACUCGAGAGACCAUGCCCUGCUGGAUACGAAGUCCGCGAAAUGUAUGGAGACGGAUCACUGCACUUGUCCUUUGCAGGGACCAAACGCUUACUGUACAACGCCAUCACCAACGCGCUCCGUGCUACCAACGUCCGUAAAACUGCAUCUUGUAACAAUUGGAACAUUUUUUGGGGAGAGCAUCUCAAGUGCGCUGCGUUGCUCCCAUUUCAGCGUGUGAAUCAUUUCCCUGGCAGCUUUGAAUUGGGUCGUAAAGAUCGAUUAUGUUCCCACUUACUGCGAAUGAGGAAGAGACACCCACACGCCUACGCAGAUAUCAUCCCCGAGACGUAUGUUACAGCAAAUGACUACGACAAGCAGCAGUUUUUAACGCGUUUCCACGCUGAGCCAAACGCUGUUUGGAUCCUAAAACCACCUAAUUUAUCCUGUGGUCGAGGUAUUAAACUCGUGUCUGCAAGUACCCACCCAACCCCAAAGCUAUCAAAGAAGAAAGCUUACGUUGCUCAGCGUUAUGUUGCCAACCCGUUCUUGAUCAAUGGUCUCAAGUUUGAUCUCCGUGUCUACGUCGCAGUAACGUCGUAUGACCCAAUGCGUAUCUAUCUCUUCAACGACGGAUUAAAUCCCUUUGGGCAUCUCACAAAUUACAGUAUCAACAAGCAAAAUUGUGCUGCGUUUCAGAAAAAUCACGAUACACAGGAUGACUUUCAUACGUUCUCAAGUAGCAAAUGGAGUCUGCAGAUGCUGUAUACCUACCUGCGUGAUCAAGGCAAAGCUUUGGAGCUUGAGACCUUCCAAAAAGCACUCGAAGAAUUGAUCGUCAAGACGUUAAUUGCGGUACAAGAUAAACUAGCGUCUGCCUCCAGUUGCAACACGUUCGAGUUGUACGGGUUCGAUGUCCUGAUUGAAGGGGAUUAUCUUAUGCCUCGUCUUCUGGAAGUGAAUAUUUUCCCGUCACUCAGCAGCUCCUCACCAAUGGAUAAACGCAUUAAAACAGUGCUAGUCAGUGAUUUGUUCCAGCUUGUGGGGAUUCCAUUCGUAGACGCGAAGAGAGAAACGCAGCAGCUAGAAAAGGCCAAGCUAGCUCGUCUCCACGGUAUCAAGCAGCCAGGAGUCACUAGAGCGAGUCUCCGUAAAGAGAACGAAACACUGAGACGGCAACGCACACUUGACGAGUUGUCCAGAUCAGCUAACAACAUCACGAUGUCCCAACUUAGUGACGAAGACUUGCAACUUGUAAAGGAGAUGGAGGAAGAACUCCAUCGCUGCGGACACUUUAAGCGCAUUUUCCCUACAGCUCAAUCAUUUGACAAGUAUUCCGAACUCUUCGACACGCUACGAUAUCGCACUCUGCUGUGCAUGAGAUGGCUCCAGCAUACAAACCAAGAUGGCGGCCGAAGGUUGCCUCCAACUGUGAAGAGAUAA